UCUGGUUUAGAAAAGUGUAUGUAAUGAGAGUGGGUGGGAAGGACUGCUUGAGAACCUCCUAAACCACGCCUUAGAUUCGAAACCAAUCCUCUCCAGAUCAAACCUUAUAUGGAGCUGGUGGUGGGAUAAACAAACUAAAAUUAAACCCAGAGUAUUUUACAUAUUUUUGAAUAUUCGCCUACGGUGCCCUCACCUUGAUAUUUAACUAUUUCAUCUUUGUUGCUAAAUCAUGAAUCCUUCAGGAGACAUGGUUAGAGUUCAUGUAAACCUUCUCCCAGCCAACAAGGGGGGGGAGAGAGGAGAAAAAGUAACAUGUUGGAGAGCAAACUCUUAGUCUGCCAACACUGCAGGAGAUUAACCAUAAAAGAUCCUGACAAUGUUCACUGUGACUCCUCCUAGGAUAGUUUGUACUCAACCAUACCCUGGUCAUAGGAUAGAUACCUGAUCAGCUGAUUACUGUAUACCUGUAUUCUCAGAACCCGGCUAAUGAAACCCAAAAAGUUUCAGUAAGUCUAGUCUAGUCUAGCUGGUAGAAUGGGACUAACAACUAACCUAUUGACUAUUAGUGUACUUGUACUAAUAGGUUCAGUGUACAUUAUGUACAAUUAUGAAGUGCCAAGCUGUAGAUUGGAUACUAUUGAUCUGACGGAUAAGAUUGUUGUGGUUACUGGAGCAAACUCCGGUAUUGGAUACCAGAUAGCUUAUGAAGCUGCCAAAAGAAACGCACGGGUAAUCCUGGGUUGUAGGAACCCGGAGAAAGGACGGAUUGCGAGAGAGAAAAUUUCUCAGGAGACAGGAAGUAAAUCAGUUGCUGUGAUUGGAUUAGAUUUGUCGAGUAUGAAACGAGUACAAAAGUUUGUAGACAAAUUAAAGGAGAUGUAUGGUCGAGUAGAUGUUUUAAUUAACAAUGCAGCUCAGGGAAGAGUAAGUACGGAAAGAGAGACGACUCGCGAAGGUUUGGAGGAGAUGAUAGCAACCAAUCAUCUGGGUCCAGUUCAUCUUUCAACUCGGAUACUUCCAAUUCUAUCAACUCACGGGAAAAUUAUUACAAUCUCAAGUGGAUCAAACCUAUACUCAGGGAUCAUUAAUCCUACUGAUCUGAACAGUGAGCAUAAAUAUUCUCCUGGAACCUUGUAUGCUGAGACAAAACUGUUAAAUAUCAUGAUGACUAGAAGUUUAGAGAGUAUCCUUAAACCUGGUCAGAGCAGUUUCUCUGUAGAUCCUGGGUUCAGUUUAAGUUUAUUACAGCUCCCACAAUCUCUUAGUUCUAUUAUCCGGGUUCUACAACCAGUGCUUCCAUCAGUACCUUGCUCAUAUGCGUGUUUAACUUCUAUAUGGUUGGCUGGAGGACAAACAGGAGAGAUUGAAAUUGGAGAAACCGAGGAUAAAAACCAAAGUCAAGAAAAUCCAGGUUCAGGAUCACAUUGGUAUGAUUGCAAGCUCUCUGUCAAGGUUGAGAAGCAGGCUCAAGAUCAAGAGCUUAGAGAUAAAGUCUGGUCGGAGAGUAAAAAUCUCAUAAAUUCUGCUUUAUACUCAACAUAAUAUAUUUUUUAAAACAUUUAAA